AAAAAUCCAAAAACACUGGAUUUUUCAUUUGAGGACGAUGGAAUUCCGGAUGAGCUAAACCUUCAUGACGUAGUAACCGCUAAGCGCAGACACAUAGUCUGUUUCACUAACAAACAGGCGCGGCUAUUAAAAAAUGCUAAAAGAUGGUACAUGGAUGGAACAUUUAGCAUCAUCAAAAAACCAUUUAUGCAGAUGUCGACGAUACACGCUUUCAUUCGAUAUGGAAACGAAAAGAAAAUGGUUCCAUUAUGUUUUGUCCUCAUGUCUAGUAGGACUCAAAAGGACUACAUACGUGUGCUGAAACACAUAAAAACUGUAAUUCUUGGUAACAGUUACGCCAUGAAAGAAUGUGUCGUUGAUUUUGAGAAGUCAGUGUGGCUGGCUAUUGAAAAAGAGUUUGGUAUUGAUGUUAAAAUAUUUGGAUGUGGCUUCCAUUGGACCCAGUGUAUUUUUCGCCGCAUAAAAUCAUUGGGUUUAAUAAGAGCAUAUCGUACAGACAUGCGAAUUCGUGGGAUUUGCAAGUGAGUGUGAAUAUUUUUAUAUUUAUUGUGGAACUUAACAGAUGUAUUUACUAACUAUUGCAGGAAAAUGAUGUCUCUCCAUCUCCUUCCACAUGGA